AUGGAGGAGAAGGGGGCGGGCGGGGGGGGGCUGGUGCUGCAGAUCCCCCUCCCCCACUGCUGCACCCGCAGCAGGGGGAUGGAGGAGAAGGGGUGGGGGGGGCAGGGGGGGCUGGUGCCGCAGAUCCCCUCCCCCCUUCUGCUGCACCCACAGCAGGGUAAUGGAAGAGAAGGGGGGGGGGGGCGGGGGGGGCUGCAGGGGGAAGGAGGAGAAGGGGGGGCGAGGGGCACCCACGAGGGGGUGCGAGGGGCACUCACGAGGGGGUUCGAGGGGCACUCACGAGGGGGUGCGAGGGGCACUCACGAGGGGGUGCGAGGGGCACUUACGAGGGGGUGCGAGGGGCACUCACGAGGGGGUGCAAGGGGCACUCACGAGGGGGUGCGAGUGGUACUCACAAGGGGGUGCGAGGGGCACUCACGAGGGGGGUGCGAGGGGCACUCACGAGGGGGUGCGAGGGGCACUUGCACUCACGAGGGGGUGCGAGGGGCACCCACGAGGGGGUGCGAGGGGCACUCACGAGGGGGUGCAAAGGGCACUCACGAGGGAGUGCGAGGGGCACUCAUGAGGGGGUGCAAGGGGCACUCACGAGGGGGUGCGAGGGGCACUCACGAGGGAGUGCGAGGGGCACUCACGAGGGGGUGCGAGGGGCACUCACGAGGGGGUGCGAGGGGCACCUCACGAGGGGGUGCGAGGGGCACUCAUGAGGGGGUGCGAGGGGCACUCACGAGGGGGUGCGAGGGGCACUCACGAGGGGGUGCGAGAGGCACUCACGAGGGGGUGCAAGGGGCACUCACGAGGGGGUGCAAGGGGCACUCACGAGGGGGUGCGAGGGGGCACUCACGAGGGGGUGCAAAGGGGCACUCACGAGGGGGUGCAAGGGGCACUCACGAGGGGGUGCGAGGGGCACUCACGAGAUGGUGCAAAGGGCACUCACAAGAGAGUGCGAGGGGCACUCACGAGGGGGUGCGAGGGGCACUCACGAGGGGGUGGGAAGGGCACUCACGAGGGGGUGCGAUGGGCACUCACGAGGGGGUGCGAGGGGCACUCACGAGGGGGUGCGAGGGGCACUCACGAGGGGGUGGGAAGGGCACUCACGAGGGGGUGGGCACUCACGAGGGGGUGCGAGGGGCACUCACGAGGGAGUGCGAGGGGCACUCACGAGGGGGUGCGAGGGGCACUCACGAGGGGGUGCAAGGGGCACCUCACGAGGGGGUGCGAGGGGCACUCAUGAGGGGGUGCGAGGGGCACUCACGAGGGGGUGCGAGGGGCACUCACGAGGGGGUGCGAGAGGCACUCACGAGGGGGUGCAAGGGGCACUCACGAGGGGGUGCGAGGGGCACUCACGAGGGGGUGGAAAGGGGCACUCACGAGGGGGUGCAAGGGGCACUCACGAGGGGGUGCGAGGGGCACUCACGAGAUGGUGCAAAGGGCACUCACAAGAGAGUGCGAGGGGCACUCACGAGGGGGUGCGAGGGGCACUCACGAGGGGGUGGGAAGGGCACUCACGAGGGGGUGCGAUGGGCACUCACGAGGGGGUGCGAGGGGCACUCACGAGGGGGUGCGAGGGGCACUCACGAGGGGGUACAAGGGGCACUCACGAGGGAGUGCGAGGGGCACUCACAAGGGGGUGCGAGGGGCACUCACGAGGGGUGCAAGGGGCACUCACGAGGGGGUGCGAGGGGCACUCACGAGGGGGUGGGAAGGGCACUCACGAGGGGGUGUGAGGGGCACUCACGAGGGGGUGCAAAGGGGCACUCACGAGGGGGUGCAAGGGGCACUCACGAGCGGGUGCGAGGGGCACUCACGAGGGGGUGCCAAGGGCACUCACGAGGGGGUGCAAAGGGGCACUCACGAGGGGGUGCGAGGGGCACUCACGAGGGGGUGCAAAGGGCACUAACGAGGGAGUGCGAGGGGCACUCACGAGGGGGUGCGAGGGGCACUCACGAGGGGGUGCAAAGGGGCACUCACGAGGGGGUGCAAGGGGCACUCACGAGGGGGUACGAGGGGCACUCACGAGGGGGUGCAAAGGGCACUCACGAGGGAGUGAAAGGGGCACUCACGAGGGGGUGCGAGGGGCACUCACGAGGUGGUGCAAAGGGCACUAAUGAGGGAGUGCGAGGGGCACUCACAAGGGGGGGCACUCACGAGGGGGUGCAAGGGGCACUCACGAGGGGGUGGGAAGGGCACUCACGAGGGGGUGCGAGGGGCACUCACGAGGGGGUGCGAGGGGCACUAACGAGAGGGUACGAGGGGCACUCACGAGGGAGUGCGAGGGGCACUCACGAGGGGGUGCGAGGGGCACUCACGAGGGGGUUCGAGGGGCACUCACGAGGGGGUGCGAGGGGCACUCACGAGGGGGUGCGAGGGGCACUUACGAGGGGGUGCGAGGGGCACUCACGAGGGGGUGCAAGGGGCACUCACGAGGGGGUGCGAGUGGUACUCACAAGGGGGUGCGAGGGGCACUCACGAGGGGGGUGCGAGGGGCACUCACGAGGGGGUGCGAGGGGCACUUGCACUCACGAGGGGGUGCGAGGGGCACCCACGAGGGGGUGCGAGGGGCACUCACGAGGGGGUGCAAAGGGCACUCACGAGGGAGUGCGAGGGGCACUCAUGAGGGGGUGCAAGGGGCACUCACGAGGGGGUGCGAGGGGCACUCACGAGGGAGUGCGAGGGGCACUCACGAGGGGGUGCGAGGGGCACUCACGAGGGGGUGCGAGGGGCACCUCACGAGGGGGUGCGAGGGGCACUCAUGAGGGGGUGCGAGGGGCACUCACGAGGGGGUGCGAGGGGCACUCACGAGGGGGUGCGAGAGGCACUCACGAGGGGGUGCAAGGGGCACUCACGAGGGGGUGCAAGGGGCACUCACGAGGGGGUGCGAGGGGCUCUCACGAGGGGGUGCAAAGGGGCACUCACGAGGGGGUGCAAGGGGCACUCACGAGGGGGUGCGAGGGGCACUCACGAGAUGGUGCAAAGGGCACUCACAAGAGAGUGCGAGGGGCACUCACGAGGGGGUGCGAGGGGCACUCACGAGGGGGUGGGAAGGGCACUCACGAGGGGGUGCGAUGGGCACUCACGAGGGGGUGCGAGGGGCACUCACGAGGGGGUGGGAAGGGCACUCACGAGGGGGUGGGCACUCACGAGGGGGUGCGAGGGGCACUCACGAGGGAGUGCGAGGGGCACUCACGAGGGGGUGCGAGGGGCACUCACGAGGGGGUGCAAGGGGCACCUCACGAGGGGGUGCGAGGGGCACUCAUGAGGGGGGUGCGAGGGGCACUCACGAGGGGGUGCGAGGGGCACUCACGAGGGGGUGCGAGAGGCACUCACGAGGGGGUGCAAGGGGCACUCACGAGGGGGUGCGAGGGGCACUCACGAGGGGGUGGAAAGGGGCACUCACGAGGGGGUGCAAGGGGCACUCACGAGGGGGUGCGAGGGGCACUCACGAGAUGGUGCAAAGGGCACUCACAAGAGAGUGCGAGGGGCACUCACGAGGGGGUGCGAGGGGCACUCACGAGGGGGUGGGAAGGGCACUCACGAGGGGGUGCGAUGGGCACUCACGAGGGGGUGCGAGGGGCACUCACGAGGGGGUGCGAGGGGCACUCACGAGGGGGUACAAGGGGCACUCACGAGGGAGUGCGAGGGGCACUCACAAGGGGGUGCGAGGGGCACUCACGAGGGGUGCAAGGGGCACUCACGAGGGGGUGCGAGGGGCACUCACGAGGGGGUGGGAAGGGCACUCACGAGGGGGGUGUGAGGGGCACUCACGAGGGGGUGCAAAGGGGCACUCACGAGGGGGUGCAAGGGGCACUCACGAGCGGGUGCGAGGGGCACUCACGAGGGGGUGCCAAGGGCACUCACGAGGGAGUGCGAGGGGCACUCACGAGGGGGUGCGAGGGGCACUCACGAGGGGGUGCGAGGGGCACUCACGAGGGGGUGCAAGGGGCACUCACGAGGGGGUGCAAGGGGGCACUCACGAGGGGGUGCGAGGGGCACUCACGAGGGGGUGCAAAGGGGCACUCACGAGGGGGUGCGAGGGGCACUCACGAGGGGGUGCAAAGGGCACUAACGAGGGAGUGCGAGGGGCACUCACGAGGGGGUGCGAGGGGCACUCACGAGGGGGUGCAAAGGGGCACUCACGAGGGGGUGCAAGGGGCACUCACGAGGGGGUGCGAGGGGCACUCACGAGGGGGUGCAAAGGGCACUCACGAGGGAGUGAAAGGGGCACUCACGAGGGGGUGCGAGGGGCACUCACGAGGUGGUGCAAAGGGCACUAAUGAGGGAGUGCGAGGGGCACUCACAAGGGGGUGCGAGGGGCACUCACGAGGGGGUGGGAAGGGCAGUCACGAGGGGGUGCGAGGGGCACUCAUGAGGGGGUGCAAAGGGGCACUCACGAGGGGGUGCAAGGGGCACUCACGAGGGGGGUGGGAAGGGCACUCACGAGGGGGUGCGAGGGGCACUCACGAGGGGGUGCGAGGGGCACUAACGAGGGGGUACGAGGGGCACUCACGAGGGAGUGCGAGGGGCACUCACGAGGGGGUGCGAGGGGCACUCACGAGGGGGUGGGAAGGGCACUCACGAGGGGGUGCGAGGGGCACUCACGAGGGGGUGCGAGGGGCACUCACGAGGGAGUGCAAGGGGCACUCACGAGGGGGUGCGAGGGGCACUCACGAGGGGGUGCAAAGUGGCACUCACGAAGGGGGGGCAAGGGGCACUCACGAGGGGGUGCGAGGGGCACUCACGAGGGGGGGCAAAGGGCACUCACGAGGGAGGAGUGCGAGGGGCACUCACAAGGAGGUGCGAGGGGCACUCACGAGGGGGUGGGAAGGGCAGUCACGAGGGGGUGCGAGGGGCACUCACGAGGGGGUGCAAAGGGGCACUCACGAGGGGGUGCAAGGGGCACUCACGAGGGGGUGGGAAGGGCACUCACGAGGGGGUGCGAUGGUCACUCACGAGGGGGUGCGAGGGGCACUCACGAGGGGGUGCGAGGGGCACUCACGAGGGGGUACGAGGGGCACUCACGAGGGAGUGCGAAGGGCACUCACGAGGGGGUGCGAGGGGCACUCUCGAGGGGGUGCAAGGGGCACUCACGAGGGGGUGCGAGGGGCACUCACGAGGGGGUGGGAAGGGCACUCACGAGGGGGUGUGAGGGGCACUCACGAGGGGGUGCAAAGGGGCACUCACGAGGGGGUGCAAGGGGCACUUACGAGCGGGUGCGAGGGGCACUCACGAGGGGGUGUUAAGGGCACUCACGAGGGAGUGCGAGGGGCACUCACGAGGGGGUGCGAGGGGCACUCACGAGGGGGUGGGAAGGGCACUCACGAGGGGGUGCGAGGGGCACUCACGAGAGGGUGCAAAGGGGCACUCACGAGGGGGUGCAAGGGGCACUCACGAGGGGGUGCGAGGGGCACUCACGAGAGGGUGCAAAGGGCACUCACGAGGGAGUGCGAGGGGCACUCACGAGGGGGGGCACUCACGAGGGGGUGGGAAGGGCACUCACGAGGGGGUGCGAGGGGCACUCACGAGGGGGUGCAAAGGGGCACUCACGAGGGGUUCAAGGGGCACUCACGAGGGGGUGCGAGGGGCGCUCACGAGGGGGUGCGAGGGGCACUCACAAGGGGGUGGGAAGGGCACUCACGAGAGGGUGCGAGGGGCACUCACGAGGGGGUUCAAGGGGCACUCACGAGGGGGUGCGAGGGGCGCUCACGAGGGGGUGCGAGGGGCACUCACGAGGGGGUGCGAGGGGCACUCACGAGGGGGUACGAGGGGGCACUGACGAGGGAGUGCGAGGGGCACUCACGAGGGGGUGCGAGGGGCACUCACGAGGGGGUGCAAGGGGCACUCACGAGAGGGUGCGAGGGGCACUCACGAGGGGGUGCAAAGGGGCACUCACGAGGGGGUGGGAAGGGCACUCACAAGGGGGUGCAAAGGGGCACUCACGAGGGGGUGCAAGGGGCACUCACGAGGGGGUGGGAAGGGCACUCACGAGGGGGUGCGAUGGGCACUCACGAGGGGGUGCGAGGGGCACUCACGAGGGGGUGCGAGGGGCACUCACGAGGGGGUACGAGGGGCACUCACGAGGGAGUGCGAGGGGCACUCACGAGGGGGUGCGAGGGGCACUCACGAGGGGGUGCAAGGGGCACUCAUGAGGGGGUGCGAGGGGCACUCACGAGGGGGUGGGAAGGGCACUCACGAAGGGGUGUGAGGGGCACUCACGAGGGGGUGCAAAGGGGCACUCACGAGGGGGUGCAAGGGGCACUCACGAGCGGGUGCGAGGGGCACUCACGAGGGGGUGCCAAGGGCACUCACGAGGGAGUGCGAGGAGCACUCACGAGGGGGUGCGAGGGGCACUCACGAGGGGGUGGGAAGGGCACUCACGAGGGGGUGCGAGGGGCACUCACGAGGGGGUGCAAACGGGCACUCACGAGGGGGUACGAGGGGCACUCACGAGGGGGUGGGAAGGGCACUCACGAAGGGGUGCGAGGGGCACUCACGAGGGGGUGCAAAGGGGCACUCACGAGGGGGUGCAAGGGGCACUCACGAGGGGGUGAGAAGGGCACUCACGAGGGGGUGCGAUGGGCACUCACGAGGGGGUGCGAGGGGCACUCACGAGGGGGUGCGAGGGGCACUCACGAGGGGGUACGAGGGGCACUCACGAGGGAGUGCGAGGGGCACUCACGAGGGGGUGCGAGGGGCACUCACGAGGGGGUGCAAGGGGCACUCACGAGGGGGGGCACUCACGAGGGGGUGCAAGGGGCACUCACGAGCGGGUGCGAGGGGCACUUACGAGGGGGUGCAAAGGGCACUCACGAGGGAGUGCGAGGGGCACUCACGAGGGGGUGCGAGGGGCACUCACGAGGGGGUGCGAGGGGCAGUCACGAGGGGGUGCAAGGGGCACUCACGAGGGGGUGCGAGGAGCACUCACGAGGGGGUGCAAAGGGGCACUCACGAGGGGGUGCGAGGGGCACUCACGAGGGGGUGCAAAGGGCACUAACGAGGGAGUGCGAGGGGCACUCACGAGGGGGUGCGAGGGGCACUCAAGAGGGGGUGGGAAGGGCACUCACGAGGGGGUGUGAGGGGCACUCACGAGGGGGGUGCAAAGGGGCACUCACAAGGGGGUGCAAGGGGCACUCACGAGGGGGUGCGAGGGGCACUCACGAGGGGGUGCAAAGGGCACUCACGAGGGAGUGCGAGGGGCACUCACGAGGGGGUGCGAGGGGCACUCACGAGGGGGUGCAAAAGGCACUAAUGAGGGAGUGCAAGGGGCACUCACAAGGGGGUGCGAGGGGCACUCACGAGGGGGUGGGAAGGGCAGUCACGAGGGGGUGCGAGGGUCACUCACGAGGGGGUGCAAAGGGGCACUCACGAGGGGGUGCAAGGGGCACUCACGAGGGGGUGCGAGGGGCGCUCACGAGGGGGUGCGAGGGGCACUCACGAGGGGGUGGGAAGGGCACUCACGAGAGGGUGCGAGGGGCACUCACGAGGGGGUGCGAGGGGCACUCACGAGGGGGUACGAGGGGCACUCACGAGGGAGUGCGAGGGGCACUCACGAGGGGGUGCGAGGGGCACUCACGAGGGGGUGCAAGGGGCACUCACGAGGGGGUGCGAGGGGGCACUCACGAGGGGGUGCAAAAGGGGCACUCACGAGGGGGUGCAAGGGGCACUCACGAGGGGGUGCGAGGGGCACUUACGAGGGGGUGCAAAGGGCACUCACGAGGGAGUGCGAGGGGCACUCACGAGGGGGGGCACUCACGAGGGGGUGGGAAGGGCAGUCACAAGGGGGUGCGAGGGGGCAGUCACGAGAGGGUGCAAAGGGGCACUCACGAGGGGGGUGCAAGGGGCACUCACGAGGGGGGUGCGAGGGGCGCUCACGAGGGGGGUGCGAGGGGCACUCACGAGGGGGUGGGAAGGGCACUCACGAGGGGGUGCGAGGGGCACUCACGAGGGGGUGCGAGGGGCACUCACGAGGGGGUACGAGGGGCACUCACGAGGGAGUGCGAGGGGCACUCACGAGGGGGUGCGAGGGGCACUCACGAGGGGUGCAAGGGGCACUCACGAGGGGGUGCGAGGGGCACUCACGAGGGGGUGCAAAGGGGCACUCACGAGGGGGUGCAAGGGGCACUCACGAGGGGGUGCGAGGGGCACUCACGAGGGGGUGCAAAGGGCACUCACGAGGGAGUGCGAGGGGCACUCACGAGGGGGUGCGAGGGGCACUCACGAGGGGGUGCAAAAGGCACUAAUGAGGGAGGGCACUCACGAGGGGGUGGGAAGGGCAGUCACGAGGGGGUGCGAGGGGCAGUCACGAGAGGGUGCAAAGGGGGCACUCACGAGGGGGUGCAAGGGGCACUCACGAGGGGGUGCGAGGGGCGCUCACGAGGGGUGCGAGGGGCACUCACGAGGGGGUGGGAAGGGCACUCACGAGGGGGUGCGAGGGGCACUCACGAGGGGGGUGCGAGGGGCACUCACGAGGGGGUACGAGGGGCACUCACGAGGGAGUGCGAGGGGCACUCACGAGGGGGUGCGAGGGGCACUCACGAGGGGGUGCAAGGGGGACUCACGAGGGGGUGCGAGGGGCACUCACGAGGGGGUGCAAAGGGGCACUCACGAGGGGGGGCACUCACGAGGGGGUGCAAGGGGCACUCACGAGGGGGUGCGAGGGGCACUCACGAGGGGGGUGCAAAGUGCACUCACGAGGGAGUGAAAGGGGCACUCACGAGGGGUGCGAGGGGCACUCACGAGGUGGUGCAAAGGGCACUAAUGAGGGAGUGCGAGGGGCACUCACAAGGGGGUGCGAGGGGCACUCACGAGGGGGUGGGAAGGGCAGUCACGAGGGGGUGCGAGGGGCACUCACGAGGGGGUGCAAAGGGGCACUCACGAGGGGGUGCAAGGGGCACUCACGAGGGGGUGGGAAGGGCACUCACGAGGGGGUGCGAGGGGCACUCACGAGGGGGUGCGAGGGGCACUAACGAGGGGGUACGAGGGGCACUCACGAGGGAGUGCGAGGGGCACUCACGAGGGGGUGCGAGGGGCACUCACGAGGGGGUGGGAAGGGCACUCACGAGGGGGUGCGAGGGGCACUCACGAGGGGGUGCGAGGGGCACUCACGAGGGAGUGCAAGGGGCACUCACGAGGGGGUGCGAGGGGCACUCACGAGGGGGUGCAAAGUGGCACUCACGAAGGGGGGGCAAGGGGCACUCACGAGGGGGUGCGAGGGGCACUCACGAGGGGGGGCAAAGGGCACUCACGAGGGAGUGCGAAGGGCACUCACGAGGGGGUGCGAGGGGCACUCACGAGGGGGUGCAAAGGGCACUAAUGAGGGAGUGCGAGGGGCACUCACAAGGAGGUGCGAGGGGCACUCACGAGGGGGUGGGAAGGGCAGUCACGAGGGGGUGCGAGGGGCACUCACGAGGGGGUGCAAAGGGGCACUCACGAGGGGGUGCAAGGGGCACUCACGAGGGGGUGGGAAGGGCACUCACGAGGGGGUGCGAUGGGCACUCACGAGGGGGUGCGAGGGGCACUCACGAGGGGGUGCGAGGGGCACUCACGAGGGGGUACGAGGGGCACUCACGAGGGAGUGCGAAGGGCACUCACGAGGGGGUGCGAGGGGCACUCUCGAGGGGGUGCAAGGGGCACUCACGAGGGGGUGCGAGGGGCACUCACGAGGGGGUGGGAAGGGCACUCACGAGGGGGUGUGAGGGGCACUCACGAGGGGGUGCAAAGGGGCACUCACGAGGGGUGCAAGGGGCACUUACGAGCGGGUGCGAGGGGCACUCACGAGGGGGUGUAAAGGGCACUCACGAGGGAGUGCGAGGGGCACUCACGAGGGGGUGCGAGGGGCACUCACGAGGGGGUGGGAAGGGCACUCACGAGGGGGUGCGAGGGGCACUCACGAGAGGGUGCAAAGGGGCACUCACGAGGGGGUGCAAGGGGCACUCACGAGGGGGUGCGAGGGGCACUCACGAGAGGGUGCAAAGGGCACUCACGAGGGAGUGCGAGGGGCACUCACGAGGGGGUGCGAGGGGCACUCACGAGGGGGUGCAAAGGGCACUAAUGAGGGAGUGCAAGGGGCACUCACGAGGGGGUGCGAGGGGCACUCACGAGGGGGUGGGAAGGGCACUCACGAGGGGGUGCGAGGGGCACUCACGAGGGGGUGCAAAGGGCACUCACGAGGGGGUUCAAGGGGCACUCACGAGGGGGUGCGAGGGGCGCUCACGAGGGGGUGCGAGGGGCACUCACGAGGGGGUGGGAAGGGCACUCACGAGAGGGUGCGAGGGGCACUCACGAGGGGGUGCGAGGGGCACUCACGAGGGGGUACGAGGGGCACUCACGAGGGAGUGCGAGGGGCACUCACGAGGGGGUGCGAGGGGCACUCACGAGGGGGUGCAAGGGGCACUCACGAGGGGGUGCGAGGGGCACUCACGAGGGGGUGCAAAGGGGGACUCACGAGGGGGUGGGAAGGGCACUCACAAGGGGGUGCAAAGGGGCACUCACGAGGGGGUGCAAGGGGCACUCACGAGGGGGUGGGAAGGGCACUCACGAGGGGGUGCGAUGGGCACUCACGAGGGGGUGCGAGGGGCACUCACGAGGGGGUGCGAGGGGCACUCACGAGGGGGUACGAGGGGCACUCACGAGGGAGUGCGAGGGGCACUCACGAGGGGGUGCGAGGGGCACUCACGAGGGGGUGCAAGGGGAACUCAUGAGGGGGUGCGAGGGGCACUCACGAGGGGGUGGGAAGGGCACUCACGAAGGGGUGUGAGGGGCACUCACGAGGGGGUGCAAAGGGGCACUCACGAGGGGGUGCAAGGGGCACUCACGAGCGGGUGCGAGGGGCACUCACGAGGGGGUGCCAAGGGCACUCACGAGGGAGUGCGAGGAGCACUCACGAGGGGGUGCGAGGGGCACUCACGAGGGGGUGGGAAGGGCACUCACGAGGGGGUGCGAGGGGCACUCACGAGGGGGUGCAAAGGGGCACUCACGAGGGGGUUCAAGGGGCACUCACGAGGGGGUGCGAGGGGCGCUCACGAGGGGGUGCGAGGGGCACUCACGAGGGGGUGGGAAGGGCACUCACGAGAGGGUGCGAGGGGCACUCACGAGGGGGUGCGAGGGGCACUCACGAGGGGGUACGAGGGGCACUCACGAGGGAGGGCACUCACGAGGGGGUGCAAGGGGCACUCACGAGCGGGUGCGAGGGGCACUCACGAGGGGGUGCCAAGGGCACUCACGAGGGAGUGCGAGGGAGCACUCACGAGGGGGUGCGAGGGGCACUCACGAGGGGGUGGGAAGGGCACUCACGAGGGGGUGCGAGGGGCACUCACGAGGGGGUGCAAACGGGCACUCACGAGGGGGUACGAGGGGCACUCACGAGGGGGUGGGAAGGGCACUCACGAAGGGGUGCGAGGGGCACUCACGAGGGGGUGCAAAGGGGCACUCACGAGGGGGUGCAAGGGGCACUCACGAGGGGGUGAGAAGGGCACUCACGAGGGGGUGCGAUGGGCACUCACGAGGGGGUGCGAGGGGCACUCACGAGGGGGUGCGAGGGGCACUCACGAGGGGGUACGAGGGGCACUCACGAGGGAGUGCGAGGGGGCACUCACGAGGGGGGUGGGAAGGGCAGUCACGAGGGGGUGCGAGGGGCACUCACGAGGGGGUGCAAAGGGGCACUCACGAGGGGGUGCAAGGGGCACUCACGAGGGGGUGCGAGGGGCGCUCACGAGGGGGUGCGAGGGGCACUCACGAGGGGGUGGGAAGGGCACUCACGAGAGGGUGCGAGGGGCACUCACGAGGGGGUGCGAGGGGCACUCACGAGGGGGGUACGAGGGGCACUCACGAGGGAGUGCGAGGGGCACUCACGAGGGGGUGCGAGGGCACUCACGAGGGGGUGCAAGGGGCACUCACGAGGGGGUGCGAGGGGCACUCACGAGGGGGUGGGAAGGGCACUCACGAGGGGGGCACUCACGAGGGGGUGGGAAGGGCAGUCACGAGGGGGUGCGAGGGGCACUCACGAGGGGGUGCAAAGGGGCACUCACGAGGGGGUGCAAGGGGCACUCACGAGGGGGUGCGAGGGGCGCUCACGAGGGGGUGCGAGGGGCACUCACGAGGGGGUGGGAAGGGCACUCACGAGAGGGUGCGAGGGGCACUCACGAGGGGGUGCGAGGGGCACUCACGAGGGGGUACGAGGGGCACUCACGAGGGGAGUGCGAGGGGCACUCACGAGGGGGUGCGAGGGGCACUCACGAGGGGGUGCAAAGGGGCACUCACGAGGGGGGUGCGAGGGGCACUCACGAGGGGGUGCAAAGGGCACUAACGAGGGAGUGCGAGGGGCACUCACGAGGGGGUGCGAGGGGCACUCACGAGGGGGUGCAAAGGGGCACUCACGAGGGGGUGCAAGGGGCACUCACGAGGGGGUGCGAGGGGCACUCACGAGGGGGUGCAAAGGGCACUCACGAGGGAGUGAAAGGGGCACUCACGAGGGGGUGCGAGGGGCACUCACGAGGUGGUGCAAAGGGCACUAAUGAGGGAGUGCGAGGGGCACUCACAAGGGGGUGCGAGGGGCACUCACGAGGGGGUGGGAAGGGCAGUCACGAGGGGGUGCGAGGGGCACUCACGAGGGGGUGCAAAGGGGCACUCACGAGGGGGUGCAAGGGGCACUCACGAGGGGGGUGGGAAGGGCACUCACGAGGGGGUGCGAGGGGCACUCACGAGGGGGUGCGAGGGGCACUAACGAGGGGGUACGAGGGGCACUCACGAGGGAGUGCGAGGGGCACUCACGAGGGGGGGCACUCACGAGGGAGUGCAAGGGGCACUCACGAGGGGGUGCGAGGGGCACUCACGAGGGGGUGCAAAGUGGCACUCACGAAGGGGGGGCAAGGGGCACUCACGAGGGGGUGCGAGGGGCACUCACGAGGGGGGGCAAAGGGCACUCACGAGGGAGUGCGAAGGGCACUCACGAGGGGGUGCGAGGGGCACUCACGAGGGGGUGCAAAGGGCACUAAUGAGGGAGUGCGAGGGGCACUCACAAGGAGGUGCGAGGGGCACUCACGAGGGGGUGGGAAGGGCAGUCACGAGGGGGUGCGAGGGGCACUCACGAGGGGGUGCAAAGGGGCACUCACGAGGGGGUGCAAGGGGCACUCACGAGGGGGUGGGAAGGGCACUCACGAGGGGUGCGAUGGGCACUCACGAGGGGGUGCGAGGGGCACUCACGAGGGGGUGCGAGGGGCACUCACGAGGGGGUACGAGGGGCACUCACGAGGGAGUGCGAAGGGCACUCACGAGGGGGUGCGAGGGGCACUCUCGAGGGGGUGCAAGGGGCACUCACGAGGGGGUGCGAGGGGCACUCACGAGGGGGUGGGAAGGGCACUCACGAGGGGGUGUGAGGGGCACUCACGAGGGGGUGCAAAGGGGCACUCACGAGGGGGUGCAAGGGGCACUUACGAGCGGGUGCGAGGGGCACUCACGAGGGGGUGUAAAGGGCACUCACGAGGGAGUGCGAGGGGCACUCACGAGGGGGUGCGAGGGGCACUCACGAGGGGGUGGGAAGGGCACUCACGAGGGGGUGCGAGGGGCACUCACGAGAGGGUGCAAAGGGGCACUCACGAGGGGGUGCAAGGGGCACUCACGAGGGGGUGCGAGGGGCACUCACGAGAGGGUGCAAAGGGCACUCACGAGGGAGUGCGAGGGGCACUCACGAGGGGGUGCGAGGGGCACUCACGAGGGGGUGCAAAGGGCACUAAUGAGGGAGUGCAAGGGGCACUCACGAGGGGGUGCGAGGGGCACUCACGAGGGGGUGGGAAGGGCACUCACGAGGGGGUGCGAGGGGCACUCACGAGGGGGUGCAAAGGGGCACUCACGAGGGGGUUCAAGGGGCACUCACGAGGGGGUGCGAGGGGCGCUCACGAGGGGGUGCGAGGGGCACUCACGAGGGGGUGGGAAGGGCACUCACGAGAGGGUGCGAGGGGCACUCACGAGGGGGUGCGAGGGGCACUCACGAGGGGGUACGAGGGGCACUCACGAGGGAGUGCGAGGGGCACUCACGAGGGGGUGCGAGGGGCACUCACGAGGGGGUGCAAGGGGCACUCACGAGGGGGUGCGAGGGGCACUCACGAGGGGGUGGGAAGGGCACUCACGAAGGGGUGUGAGGGGCACUCACGAGGGGGGUGCAAAGGGGCACUCACGAGGGGGUGCAAGGGGCACUCACGAGCGGGUGCGAGGGGCACUCACGAGGGGGUGCCAAGGGCACUCACGAGGGAGUGCGAGGAGCACUCACGAGGGGGUGCGAGGGGCACUCACGAGGGGGUGGGAAGGGCACUCACGAGGGGGUGCGAGGGGCACUCACGAGGGGGUGCAAACGGGCACUCACGAGGGGGUACGAGGGGCACUCACGAGGGGGUGGGAAGGGCACUCACGAAGGGGUGCGAGGGGCACUCACGAGGGGGUGCAAAGGGGCACUCACGAGGGGGUGCAAGGGGCACUCACGAGGGGGUGAGAAGGGCACUCACGAGGGGGUGCGAUGGGCACUCACGAGGGGGUGGGAAGGGCACUCACGAGGGGGUGCGAGGGGCACUCACGAGGGGGUGCAAACGGGCACUCACGAGGGGGUACGAGGGGCACUCACGAGGGGGUGGGAAGGGCACUCACGAAGGGGUGCGAGGGGCACUCACGAGGGGGUGCAAAGGGGCACUCACGAGGGGGUGCAAGGGGCACUCACGAGGGGGUGAGAAGGGCACUCACGAGGGGGUGCGAUGGGCACUCACGAGGGGGUGCGAGGGGCACUCACGAGGGGGUGCGAGGGGCACUCACGAGGGGGUGGGAAGGGCACUCACGAGGGGGUGCGAGGGGCACUCACGAGGGGGUGCAAACGGGCACUCACGAGGGGGUACGAGGGGCACUCACGAGGGGGUGGGAAGGGCACUCACGAAGGGGUGCGAGGGGCACUCACGAGGGGGUGCAAAGGGGCACUCACGAGGGGGUGCAAGGGGCACUCACGAGGGGGUGAGAAGGGCACUCACGAGGGGGUGCGAUGGGCACUCACGAGGGGGUGCGAGGGGCACUCACGAGGGGGUGCGAGGGGCACUCACGAGGGGGUACGAGGGGCACUCACGAGGGAGUGCGAGGGGCACUCACGAGGGGGUGCGAGGGGCACUCACGAGGGGGUGCAAGGGGCACUCACGAGGGGGUGCGAGGGGCACUCACGAGGGGGUGGGAAGGGCACUCACGAGGGGGUGUGAGGGGCACUCACGAGGGGGUGCAAAGGGGCACUCACGAGGGGGUGCAAGGGGCACUCACGAGCGGGUGCGAGGGGCACUUACGAGGGGGUGCAAAGGGCACUCACGAGGGAGUGCGAGGGGCACUCACGAGGGGGUGCGAGGGGCACUCACGAGGGGGUGCGAGGGGCAGUCACGAGGGGGUGCAAGGGGCACUCACGAGGGGGUGCGAGGAGCACUCACGAGGGGGUGCAAAGGGGCACUCACGAGGGGGUGCGAGGGGCACUCACGAGGGGGGCACUCACGAGGGGGUGUGAGGGGCACUCACGAGGGGGGUGCAAAGGGGCACUCACAAGGGGGUGCAAGGGGCACUCACGAGGGGGUGCGAGGGGCACUCACGAGGGGGUGCAAAAGGGCACUCACGAGGGAGUGCGAGGGGCACUCACGAGGGGGUGCGAGGGGCACUCACGAGGGGGUGCAAAAGGCACUAAUGAGGGAGUGCAAGGGGCACUCACAAGGGGGUGCGAGGGGCACUCACGAGGGGGUGGGAAGGGCAGUCACGAGGGGGUGCGAGGGGCACUCACGAGGGGGUGCAAAGGGGCACUCACGAGGGGGUGCAAGGGGCACUCACGAGGGGGUGCGAGGGGCGCUCACGAGGGGGUGCGAGGGGCACUCACGAGGGGGUGGGAAGGGCACUCACGAGAGGGUGCGAGGGGCACUCACGAGGGGGUGCGAGGGGCACUCACGAGGGGGUACGAGGGGCACUCACGAGGGAGUGCGAGGGGCACUCACGAGGGGGUGCGAGGGGCACUCACGAGGGGGUGCAAAGGGGCACUCACGAGGGGGUGCGAGGGGCACUCACGAGGGGGUGCAAAGGGCACUAACGAGGGAGUGCGAGGGGCACUCACGAGGGGGUGCGAGGGGCACUCACGAGGGGGUGCAAAGGGGCACUCACGAGGGGGUGCAAGGGGCACUCACGAGGGGGUGCGAGGGGCACUCACGAGGGGGUGCAAAGGGCACUCACGAGGGAGUGAAAGGGGCACUCACGAGGGGGUGCGAGGGGCACUCACGAGGUGGUGCAAAGGGCACUAAUGAGGGAGUGCGAGGGGCACUCACAAGGGGGGGCACUCACGAGGGGGUGCAAGGGGCCUCACGAGGGGGUGGGAAGGGCACUCACGAGGGGGGUGCGAGGGGCACUCACGAGGGGGUGCGAGGGGCACUAACGAGGGGGUACGAGGGGCACUCACGAGGGAGUGCGAGGGGCACUCACGAGGGGGUGCGAGGGGCACUCACGAGGGGGUGGGAAGGGCACUCACGAGGGGGUGCGAGGGGCACUCACGAGGGGGUGCGAGGGGCACUCACGAGGGAGUGCAAGGGGCACUCACGAGGGGGUGCGAGGGGCACUCACGAGGGGGUGCAAAGUGGCACUCACGAAGGGGGGCAAGGGGCACUCACGAGGGGGUGCGAGGGGCACUCACGAGGGGGGGCAAAGGGCACUCACGAGGGAGUGCGAAGGGCACUCACGAUGGGGUGCGAGGGGCACUCACGAGGGGGUGCAAAGGGCACUAAUGAGGGAGUGCGGGGGCACUCACAAGGAGGUGCGAGGGGCACUCACGAGGGGGUGGGAAGGGCAGUCACGAGGGGGUGCGAGGGGCACUCACGAGGGGGUGCAAAGGGGCACUUCCAACGAGGGGGUGCAAGGGGCACUCACGAGGGGGUGGGAAGGGCACUCACGAGGGGGUGCGAUGGCACUCACGAGGGGGUGCGAGGGGCACUCACGAGGGGGUGCGAGGGGCACUCACGAGGGGGUACGAGGGGCACUCACGAGGGAGUGCGAAGGGCACUCACGAGGGGGUGCGAGGGGCACUCUCGAGGGGGUGCAAGGGGCACUCACGGGGGUGCGAGGGGCACUCACGAGGGGGUGGGAAGGGCACUCCACCGAGGGGGUGUGAGGGGCACUCACGAGGGGGUUGCAAAGGGGCACUCUACGAGGGGGGUGCAAGGGGCACUUACGAGCGGGUGCGAGGGGCACUCACGAGGGGGUGUAAAGGGCACUCACGAGGGAGUGCGAGGGGCCACUCACGAGGGGGUGCGAGGGGCACUCACGAGGGGGUACGAGGGGCACUCACGAGGGAGUGCGAAGGGCACUCACGAGGGGGUGCGAGGGCACUCUCGAGGGGGUGCAAGUGGCACUCACGAGGGGGUGCGAGGGGCACUCACGAGGGGGUGGGAAGGGCACUCACGAGGGGGUGUGAGGGGCACUCACGAGGGGGUGCAAAGGGGCACUCACGAGGGGGUGCAAGGGGCACUUACGAGCGGGGGCACUCACGAGGGGGUUCAAGGGGCACUCACGAGGGGGUGCGAGGGGCGCUCACGAGGGGGUGCGAGGGGCACUCACGAGGGGGUGGGAAGGGCACUCACGAGAGGGUGCGAGGGGCACUCACGAGGGGGUGCGAGGGGCACUCACGAGGGGGUACGAGGGGCACUCACGAGGGAGUGCGAGGGGCACUCACGAGGGGGUGCGAGGGGCACUCACGAGGGGGUGCAAGGGGCACUCACGAGGGGGUGCGAGGGGCACUCACGAGGGGGUGCAAAGGGGGGACUCACGAGGGGGUGGGAAGGGCACUCACAAGGGGGUGCAAAGGGGCACUCACGAGGGGGGUGCAAGGGGCACUCACGAGGGGGUGGGAAGGGCACUCACGAGGGGGUGCGAUGGGCACUCACGAGGGGGUGCGAGGGCACUCACGAGGGGGUGCGAGGGGCACUCACGAGGGGGUACGAGGGGCACUCACGAGGGAGUGCGAGGGGCACUCACGAGGGGGUGCGAGGGGCACUCACGAGGGGUGCAAGGGGCACUCAUGAGGGGGUGCGAGGGGCACUCACGAGGGGGUGGGAAGGGCACUCACGAAGGGGUGUGAGGGGCACUCACGAGGGGGUGCAAAGGGGGCACUCACGAGGGGGUGCAAGGGGCACUCACGAGCGGGUGCGAGGGGCACUCACGAGGUGGGUGCCAAGGGCACUCACGAGGGAGUGCGAGGAGCACUCACGAGGGGGUGCGAGGGGCACUCACGAGGGGGUGGGAAGGGGCACUCACGAGGGGGUGCGAGGGGCACUCACGAGGGGGGUGCAAAGGGGCACUCACGAGGGGGUUCAAGGGGCACUCACGAGGGGGUGCGAGGGGCGCUCACGAGGGGGUGCGAGGGGCCACUCACGAGGGGGUGGGAAGGGCACUCACGAGAGGGUGCGAGGGGCACUCACGAGGGGGUGCGAGGGGCACUCACGAGGGGGUACGAGGGGGCACUCACGAGGGAGUGCGAGGGGCACUCACGAGGGGAUGCGAGGGGCACUCACGAGGGGUUGCAAGGGGCACUCACGAGGGGGUGCGAGGGGCACUCACGAGGGGGUGCAAAGGGGCACUCACGAGGGGGUGGAAGGGCACUCACAAGGGGGGUGCAAAGGGGCACUCACGAGGGGGUGCAAGGGGCACUCACGAGGGGGUGGAGGGCACUCACGAGGGGGUGCGAUGGGCACUCACGAGGGGGUGCGAGGGGCACUCACGAGGGGGUGCGAGGGGCACCUCACGAGGGGGUACGAGGGGCACUCACGAGGGAGUGCGAGGGGCACUCACGAGGGGGUGCGAGGGGCACUCACGAGGGGUGCAAGGGGCACUCAUGAGGGGGGGCACUCACGAGGGGGUGCAAGGGGCACUCACGAGCGGGUGCGAGGGGGCACUCACGAGGGGGUGCCAAGGGCACUCACGAGGGGAGUGCCGAGGAGCACUCACGAGGGGGUGCGAGGGGCACUCACGAGGGGGUGGGAAGGGCACUCACGAGGGGGUGCGAGGGGCACUCACGAGGGGGUGCAAAACGGGCACUCACGAGGGGGUACGAGGGGCACUCACGAGGGGGUGGGAAGGGCACUCACGAAGGGGUGCGAGGGGCACUCACGAGGGGGUGCAAAGGGGCACUCACGAGGGGGUGCAAGGGGCACUCACGAGGGGGUGAGAAGGGCACUCACGAGGGGGUGCGAUGGGCACUCACGAGGGGGUGCGAGGGGCACUCACGAGGGGGUGCGAGGGGCACUCACGAGGGGGUACGAGGGGCACUCACGAGGGAGUGCGAGGGGCACUCACGAGGGGGUGCGAGGGGCACUCACGAGGGGGUGCAAGGGGCACUCACGAGGGGGUGCGAGGGGCACUCACGAGGGGGUGGGAAGGGCACUCACGAGGGGGUGUGAGGGGCACUCACGAGGGGGUGCAAAGGGGCACUCACGAGGGGGUGCAAGGGGCACUCACGAGCGGGGGCACUCACAAGGGGGUGCGAGGGGCACUCACGAGGGGGUGGGAAGGGCAGUCACGAGGGGGUGCGAGGGGCACUCACGAGGGGGUGCAAAGGGGCACUCACGAGGGGGUGCAAGGGGCACUCACGAGGGGGUGCGAGGGGCGCUCACGAGGGGGUGCGAGGGGCACUCACGAGGGGGUGGGAAGGGCACUCACGAGAGGGUGCGAGGGGGCACUCACGAGGGGGUGCGAGGGGCACUCACGAGGGGGUACGAGGGGCACUCACGAGGGAGUGCGAGGGGCACUCACGAGGGGGUGCGAGGGGCACUCACGAGGGGGUGCAAAGGGGCACUCACGAGGGGGUGCGAGGGGCACUCACGAGGGGGUGCAAAGGGCACUAACGAGGGAGUGCGAGGGGCACUCCGAGGGGGUGCGAGGGGCACUCACGAGGGGGUGCAAAGGGGCACUCACGAGGGGGUGCAAGGGGCACUCACGAGGGGGUGCGAGGGGCACUCACGAGGGGGUGCAAAGGGCACUCACGAGGGAGUGAAAGGGGCACUCACGAGGGGGUGCGAGGGGCACUCACGAGGUGGUGCAAAGGGCACUAAUGAGGGAGUGCGAGGGGCACUCACAAGGGGGUGCGAGGGGCACUCACGAGGGGGUGGGAAGGGCAGUCACGAGGGGGUGCGAGGGGCACUCACGAGGGGGGUGAAAGGGGCACUCACGAGGGGGUGCAAGGGGCACUCACGAGGGGGUGGGAAGGGCACUCACGAGGGGGUGCGAGGGGCACUCACGAGGGGGGGCACUCACGAGGGGGUGGGAAGGGCACUCACGAGGGGGUGCGAGGGGCACUCACGAGGGGUGCGAGGGGCACUCACGAGGGAGUGCAAGGGGCACUCACGAGGGGUGCGAGGGGCACUCACGAGGGGGUGCAAAGUGGCACUCACGAAGGGGGGGCAAGGGGCACUCACGAGGGGGUGCGAGGGGCACUCACGAGGGGGGGGCAAAGGGCACUCACGAGGGAGUGCGAAGGGCACUCACGAGGGGGGUGCGAGGGGCACUCACGAGGGGGUGCAAAGGGCACUAACGAGGGAGUGCGAGGGGCACUCACAAGGAGGUGCGAGGGGCACUCACGAGGGGGGUGGAAGGGCAGUCACGAGGGGGUGCGAGGGGCACUCACGAGGGGGUGCAAAGGGGCACUCACGAGGGGUGCAAGGGGCACUCACGAGGGGGGGUGAAGGGCACUCACGAGGGGGUGCGAUGGGCACUCACGAGGGGGUGCGAGGGGCACUCACGAGGGGGUGCGAGGGGCACUCACGAGGGGGUACGAGGGGCACUCACGAGGGAGUGCGAAGGGCACUCACGAGGGGGUGCGAGGGGCACUCUCGAGGGGGGGUGCAAGGGGCACUCGGAGGGGUGUGCGAGGGGCACUCACGAGGGGGUGGGAAGGGCACUCACGAGGGGGUGUGGAGGGGCACUCACGAGGGGGUGCAAAGGGGCACUCACGAGGGGGUGCAAGGGGCACUCACGAGCGGGUGCGAGGGGCACUCACGAGGGGGUGUAAAGGGCACUCACGAGGGAGUGCGAGGGGCACUCACGAGGGGGUGCGAGGGGCACUCACGAGGGGGUGGGAAGGGCACUCACGAGGGGGUGCGAGGGGCACUCACGAGGGGGUGCAAAGGGGCACUCACGAGGGGGUGCAAGGGGCACUCACGAGGGGGUGCGAGGGGCACUCACGAGGGGGUGCAAAGGGCACUCACGAGGGAGUGCGAGGGGCACUCACGAGGGGGUGCGAGGGGCACUCACGAGGGGGUGCAAAGGGCACUCACGAGGGGGUGCAAGGGGCACUCACGAGGGGGUGCGAGGGGCACUCACGAGGGGGUGGGAAGGGCACUCACGAGGGGGUGCGAGGGGCACUCACGAGGGGGUGCAAAGGGGCACUCACGAGGGGGUUCAAGGGGCACUCACGAGGGGGUGCGAGGGGCACUCACGAGGGGGUGCGAGGGGCACUCACGAGGGGGGGGAAGGGCACUCACGAGAGGGUGCGAGGGGCACUCACGAGGGGGUGCGAGGGGCACUCACGAGGGGGUACGAGGGGCACUCACGAGGGAGUGCGAGGGGCACUCACGAGGGGGUGCGAGGGGCACUCACGAGGGGGUGCAAGGGCACUCACGAGGGGGUGCGAGGGGCACUCACGAGGGGGUGGGAAGGGCACUCACGAAGGGGUGCGAGGGGCACUCACGAGGGGUGCAAAGGGGCACUCACGAGGGGUGCAAGGGGCACUCACGAGGGGGUGCGAGGGGCACUCACGAGGGGGUGCCAAGGGCACUCACGAGGGAGUGCGAGGGGCACUCACGAGGGG